AUGGUUGACGCCUCAUUGCGCGCCACGAUUCUCCGAAGCAUUCGAGACCUCAAUCGGGACUUUGGCAUCUCCGUCAUCUACAUCACUCACGACUUGACCACCGCCUACCAGAUGUGCGACAACAUCAUCGUCAUGUACCGCGGCUCGGUCGCCGAGGCUGGCAGCGUCGAAGAGGUCAUCCAGAACCCGAAACAUCCCUACACCCAACUGCUCAUCGACUCGGUGCCUCAACCAGACCCCAAAGCGGCAUGGGGCGAAGACGAAGACGAGUCGGUUGACCGGGUAGACGAAGCCUCGAUGGUCACCGAUCAAUGCAAGUUCGCUCCGAGUUAG